AUGCAUUUCCUCAUCAUUGGCGCAACAGGCCGAAAUGGCUCUCUGGCUGUCCAAGAAGCUCUCUCCAAAGGCCACACAGUCACAGCCCUCGUUCGCAACACAACAACCGCCAAACUUGCCUCUCACUCAAAUCUCACUCUCGUUCAGGGUAACCCAAAUUCAGAGUCAGAUAUUACCAAGGCCCUCACAACUCCCCAACCACCUCAAGUUGUCAUCACAGCACUUGCACAAGUCCGCGUCACCGAAUCACCUUUCGCUGCACUACGUCCUGACACCACACCUGAUUUCAUGGCUGUCAGCAUGACUGCUCUCAUCGCGGCCAUCAACAAAUCUGAUUUUCCCACUAAGCCCAAGAUUAUCGUCAACUCAGCACAGGGUGCUGGUUCUUCAUGGCGUUCUAUGAAUCUUCCUGGAAAGAUGCUGUUCAGUCAUGGAAGUAUGGGAAUUGGACUCAAGGAUCAUAAUGAAGUUGAUCGUCUUGUAAGGGAGAGUGGAUUGGUCUUUGUUCUUUCACGGCCGGUUAUGCUUGCAGAAGGUGAGGCCAGGCCUGUCAAGGUCUGGCCUGAUGAUGGAAAGGGCUGUGCUUGGAUGCCCAAGAUUACAAGGGAGAGUGUCGGAAAGUGGCUCAUUGACGCAGCUGAGAGCAGCGAGUGGGAUGGGAAAGCACCUGUACUUACCAACUAG